UAUUUAUCUUUCCUUUUUUAUCAAGUAAUUUUGCUAUUUCUCAUGGUUAAUUGGGUUUGAUCUUAAUGUUUGGUUGAUUUCGUCCCCUACUUUCUGGGUUUGUUGAAUUGUUGAUUGAAUUGGGAAAUUUUGGAUAAAAAUAGGUGUUAAAUUCCAUCCCUGCAUUUAGGUUUUGUCGAAUUACUGAUUGAAUUCGGUUAUUUUUUGUUUAAUUUCUGGAAUUUACCUUCAAAUUUAGGGUUUUUGCUAGUUUAAUUUCGACGAGUGACAUGGGUUUUUGAUUGAUUGCAUAACUGGAUCCCUAUUUCGGAUCUCUGACAACCGAUCAACACCACAUUCACCGCCACUUUUCGCCACCACCAAAAUCGACAACCACUAAGAAACUUCAACUGCUUAAUCUGGGCUAUGUGGGAAAUUGUUUAAGUCUACUGCUGUUGUCUUGUUCUUGUUAUUUAUUCUUGCUGCUCUGCUUUAUUCUGUUGUUGAGUUCUCAAUUACUCAAAGAUCUCAAUAAAUUAUACCAAUUUUAGAGGUUUGAUUAGUCAAAACCUCUAAAGUCUGAAAGGGGUGUUUGGUAAAAAAGAGUAUUGGAAAGAGGAUUGAACUCAAACCUCUCAUUUUGAAAAAGCUUAUUUCACCAACUUUUUGCUUACACAAUUGUAACUCUGUAUUGCAUAAUUGUAAAAGAUAAACUGACAGACACGGUAUACAAUGCCAAAAUUAACGUCACCUAACGUUAUUUUAACUGUUUAGUACAAUUAUUUCCUUAUUUUAUGCCUAACAAGUAACAACCCCCUCUUUAAUAUUAAAAAUGAUGGUAACACAGAAAAGCAAAUUGUUUCAACCAAACAACUUGAUUUAAAUAAGUAACACUAUGUACUAAUAAGCCACAAUUAGCUGAGUGGUACAUUAAUAAUCUUUACAAAGCUACAUUAUUUAAUUUAAUAUGAUUUGGGACAAAGCGCGUAUUGCCAUUUCCCAUUGCUGAACAAAAAAAACACAGUACCUCCUCUGCCUUUGAAACUAAAAGAAGAGAAAUGGAUGCGGGAACUGUACUAUCUGCUGCACAAACUCUGCUUGCUGCACUUCAGUGUUCGCAGCUCAAAGAGGCCCUCUCAAUCUUUGGCUACGAAACUCAACUUAUUGACCUUAAAUGCACCGUCGAAACCAUUAGUGCUGUGCUCCGUGAUGCCGAGGCCAAGCAAGAGCUUUCCCAUCAAAUGCAGCAUCUUAUUGAGGAGCUCAAGGAUGCUGUCUUUGAAGCAGAUGAUCUGUUUGACGAGUUUGUCACACUCGUUAAGCAGAAGAAACUCCUGAAGGCCGAUGGUAGUCUCUCCAGGAAAGUGAGUCACUUCUUUUCUCGUUCCAAAAACCCGAUCAGCGUUGCUUACAGGAUGUCUCGAGGGAUUAAGGAUAUCAAGAAAAGGUUAGAUGGUAUCGCUUACAACACUCAGUUUAACUUCAAGCAUGAUCCUGAGCCUAUCAAAAAGAGAAGGCCCGAGACCUGCUUUUACGUGAAUGCAGUUGAUAUCAUUGGCAGAGAGGCUGACUUGGAGAGGAUCAUUGGUAUGCUGCUCAAUCCUAUUGUUCAAAGGGAUGUUACUGUGCUUACUAUUGUGGGGGUUGGAGGGUUGGGCAAAACUGCUCUCGCACAACUUGUGUAUAACAAUCCAAGGAUCAUAAGUGCGUUUCCGUUGAGAUUAUGGACUUGUGUCUCUGAUCAAGAUCAGAAGGAGCUGGAUGUGAAAGAAAUUCUGUGCAAGAUUCUAGACAAUAAUCAUGAGAACUCCUCCAUGAAUAAGGUGCAAAGUCAACUAAAAGAAAAAUUAGCAGGCAAGAAAUACUUGCUUGUUUUCGAUGAUGUAUGGACUGAAAACCGUCUUCAGUGGUGUGAUUUGGCAAAAUACUUUGUUGGAGGUGAAAGUGGAAGUUGGAUUCUGGUGACUACACGUUCACACAAGACUGCAACAAUUGUAGGAGGUUCAACUUAUGAGCUGCAAGGCUUAUCAGAGGAAAACUCAUGGCACUUGUUUGAAAGAGCGGCAUUUGCAUCAGAUCACUCAAACCCCCCCGACGAGUUGGUCAGGAUUGGCCGAGAGAUUGUUGAUGGAUGUGCCCGAGUUCCCCUCGCUAUAAGAGUUGCAGGAAGUCUUUUGUAUGGUCAAGACAAAAGUAAGUGGCAGUCAGUUCUGGAGAUAGGAUUAGCAAGCACUAGAGAGAGAGAAGACAGCAUAAUGCCAAUAUUGAAGCUUAGUUUCUAUCACCUGGAUUUUUCAUUAAAGAGCUGCUUUAGUUAUUGUGCAUUGUUUCCAAAAGAUUUUGUGAUAAAGAAAGAGAGGUUGAUAAGACUCUGGAUAUCACAGGGCUAUGUUGUUCCGUUAGAUAAAGGUCAAAGCAUUGAAGAUGCCGGUGAGGAACAUUUUACGAUUUUGCUGAGGAGAUGCUUUUUCCAAGACAUCAAGAAAGAUGAAUCCGGUGAGAUCCAGUCGUUUAAGGUACACGAUCUCAUGCAUGAUAUCGCUCAACGUGUCUCAGGGAAGGAAAUCUAUGUAAUGAAUUCCAUUAGUGGCUCUCUAGAUAAAAAAGUUCGUCAUCUGUCAUUUGCUGGCAGGAUGAGAGAUAAUGGCAAAUACUCUCUGGGUAAGACACGUAUCCGUUCACAUAUUUUUACUUUACCGGUUUGGACUGUUGCUGACAGUACCCAGUUUUGGAUGAAGGCGAUAGUAGCAAAUGGUAGGUGUCUAAGGGCAUUGGACCUGAGUUGUAUAUCUAUUAAAUGUUUGCCGGGCACCAUAGGUGAUUUGUUGCAUUUAAGGUUUUUAGAUAUCACAUAUAAUACGUCUCUGGAAGUGUUGCCAAAGUCGAUUACAAAUUUAUAUAAUCUACAAACCUUAUUCUUACAUCGAUGCUCGAACUUGAAAGAGUUGCCGAAAGAUUUGAGUAGACUAGUUAACCUUAGUGUUUUGAACAUACAGCAUUGCGGUAGUCUGACUUAUAUGCCUAGAGACAUGGGUAAGUUGAGUUGCCUUCAUACACUAGAAGGGGAAUUUAUAGUGGGCGGUGAAGGGAGCUGUUCAAGUUGGAAUCAAUGGUUUUAUGGGCUGGAAGAGAUAAAGUCUCUUAACAACCUCAAAGGUCGUCUUGAAAUCACGAUCAAGUUGCCCAAGACUGCCAAGGAUGUUGUCAAAGAAGGCUGUAGGAGAGAAGGAUUAUACCUGAGGAAUAAGGAACAUCUCAAUGAAAUUGAGGUUCGUUUCCGUCAUAUGGAGGGUGAUAGAAGAAAAGAUGAUGAAGGAAUAUUAAGUUUGAUGGAAGAUUUGGAGCCACCUUCUAAUCUAAAGUCAUUAACGGUAAGUGGAUACAAUGGUUUGAAAAUGCCUAGAUGGGUAGCCUUUCUCCUGAAUCUUGUAAAACUUCAUCUUUGGUUUUGCAACGAGUUGGAUUGCUUGCCAUCCCUGGGAAACUUGUGUCAUCUGAAGGUUCUCAAACUUAGUUCUCUGGGGAAGUUGGAGUACAUAGAAGCAGAUAAUUCUAGUUCCACGAUGACUUUGCCUGAAGACUUAUCGUUCUUUCCAUCCCUUGAACAACUUGAGUUAAGUUCACUGCCGAAGUUGAAAGGAUGGAGGAGAGGAGUGGAUGAUAGCAGCAGUAGCAGUAACACACAAUUGCCAUGUCUUUCUCAAUUGAAGUCGUUGACCGUAGGGUUCAGCCCAGAACUGUCAUGUAUUCCGCUGUGUCCCAAUGUGGAAGUCCUGAAAUUAUUUGACUUCAAUGAAAGACUCCGUAUAAUAUCCACAGAAAGAGAUGAGAAAUCCUUAUCUUCAACGAGUCGUAUUAUUUCAGUUCCCAAAUUAAGGGAGGUUGUAAUAGACAAUGUGGCAUGGCUGGAUUCGCUGCCCAUUGAGUCAUUUCAGUUUCUUGAUCACCUCACACUACGCGGUGAUGUUGAGUUGGUGGAUCUUCCCAAUUGGAUGCAGUUCUUGCCUGCCCUCCAAUCCCUUGAAAUUCAUCGAUGCGAAAGACUGAAAGCAAUGCCAAUUUGGAUGCCGAAACUCACCUCUCUCAGGAAUCUUAACAUUGAAGGGUGUUCAAGAAGCUUGUGGAGAAGAUGUAAAAAAGAUCCACCCGGGGAGGACUGGCCCUACAUUCAACACAUUCCACAAAUUAAUUCGCGUAUUAUGUGAAGUUAUCAAGGUUGGAGGAGAUUUUAAUCUUAGGAGAGUUACCUAAUAUCAUGGCAUGAGAAAUUAAUAAUAGUUGGAGACUUGGACUUGUUGCCCAAGCCUUAUACUUGUAUGCAUACAUUGUUUUGUGUGAUCAUUUAGAACAUUGUGAAAUAUUGUGAAAACUCUCGAUUAUUUUAACAUAUUUUGUUUCUCUAAUCAAUGAAUUUUCUGCAGCUGCUCCUCUCUUGCAAUUGUUGUCAUAAAAACAGGAGAAUGGGAACUGAUUCUGGCUCCAAGCUUGCAAUAGUCAGACUUCAGGGAGCAUUGUGAAGGGAUCCUGAUUGUGGAGCUUGAUGCAGGUACUCAGCGAUGUCAAAACAUUUCAAGUUUUGCUAUCGGAAAUCUGUUUGGAGCAACAUCACCGCGACUACAGAAUUGCAGGAUGCAGUGAAUUAUUGACAUUUCGGCUUUGCCAAAGCCGUCCGAAGGUCCUUGAGAAAUCUUCUGGUCUGGUGGCCGGAGUUGCUCUGACGGGACACUCAUGGCACUGGGAGAAGAGCCUGCAUUAGCCUCCUGAAAUGGCCGCGUCAGGUUCUGUGUAGGACCUGUAAAUAUAUUCUACAGAACAAAAUAGAAGAAACUCUACAGGAUUUUGAAGCAGUCUGAUAAUAAUAGUCACAUUAGUGUACAGGAUAUAUGAUUGUAAGUCCUUGUGUAAUAGAUUGUGCAGUAUAAACUCAACAACAGCAAAUAUAACAUACAGUAUCAUUGUAUCAAACAAUAGCAUAAGGCACUUUGUACUCAGAUUUCAGAAUUUCACCAUUUAUAGACCGGUUUCGUGGUAAUUAAGUCUUGUAUCAAUGGCAAUGUUGUCCAAAUACUCCCUCCGUCCCUAGAAGUUUGCUCCACUGAAGGUAUGGGGAAAAUAUUAAGGACACCCUGAAAAGGAAUAUGAGACAAUCUUUUAGGGACGAAGGGAGUACCUGACGAUAUGAAGUAGUCCAAGUUUUCUGCAACAUUUCUUCAGAAUGCAAGAACAAUAAUCCCUCAUAGUGUAACCAAUUUUAGGCUCCUAGCUAUUCCGUUGACGAAUCUCUAAAUUUGAUGGUAGACCUGACAAAGUUAUCCAUACACGACUAAAUUUGUAAAUCAAUUUAUAUUUCCUAAAAAAAUUUACCCUUUCAAGAUGGAUAUUAAAUAUUACGAAUCUCUAGGACAUUGGAUAAUCGCUAUGACAUCAUCAUCGUCGGUAGGACUGAGUAAAUUUAUCUGAAAAACAGACAAUUUGAAUCCCGAUCAAAAAAAGUGGGUACUUAAACUGGUUAUCGAUUCGGGUAUCUGAUCGAAAGUUCAGGGGUUGGGUACGAUUACAAAUAUCAUUUAUAAGAGUAAAGGGUACAAUCAAGCAUUUUUCUUGUUUUUUCCAACUUAAAUACUUCGUAAGUAUUAUUUUCAAAAGCUUGAAAUCCUAACACUUCGAUAAAAUCCCCGAACUCCCACAGGCAUACCACGAACACUUCGAUAAAUUAAUCCAUAGAAGAAGGUGGAGCAGCAGAGAUUUGAUUAGUUUAUUCGAACAAUUGUAAAAUUGGAAUGUACCCAAUUUCAGAACCGAGGAAGAAGAUCAGGUUCUUGUUCUAUAUACUCCUCACUCCUCCAUCUGCUCUGCUCUUCUCUUGCCAUUGUUGUUGUCACAAAAAUAGGGUACUCAAAGAUGUCAAAACAUUUCAAGUUUUGCUUUCGGAAAUCUGUUGGAGACACAUCACCGUGACUACAGAAUUGCAGGAUGCAGUGAAUUAUUGACAUUUCGGCUUUGCUCCGGACUUGCUCUGACGGGACACUCAUGGCACUGGGACAUUAGCAAGAACAUGGUUGGACAAAUACCAACUGUUGCUUUCAUGGCUGUAACCUGAGAAGAGCCUGCCUUAGCCUCCUGAAAUGGCCCCGUGGCCCGCGUCAGGUUCUUUUAGGACCUAUAAAUAGUCUACAGAACAAAAUAGAAGAAACUCUCAGGAUUUUGAAGCAGUCUGAUAAUAAUAGUCACAUUAGUGUACAGGAUAGAUGAUUGUAAGUCCUUGUCUAACAGAUUGUGCAGUAUAAACUCAAUAACAGCAAAUAUAACAUACAGUCAUACAGUAGCAAAAAACAGCAUAAGGCACUUUGUACUCAGAUUUUAGAAUUUCUGUCUUCCAGUAUUCUGAUUGAAUGUUUCUUUUAAAGAAAAUUAGAUACUUUAAAAACUGAUUCUGGUUCCCAGAUUGCAAUAUUCAGACUUCAGAGAGCAUUGUGAAGGGAUCCGGAUUGCAGAGCUUGAUGCAGGUAAUUCAAUACCUUCUUCUAGUUCUCUUAAACCCCCUUGUGCUCAUACUGCUGGCCGUCGCCCUCAUGAGAAGCGCGCAGAAGUAAGUACUAUGAUACGCCAGUUAGAGAAAACUUUGAUUUGAGUUUUGACAGCAGAAGUCAGACUGAGAGCUCAAUGUAAUAUUUAGAUUCAUGCAAAUUCUACAUAUUUUGUCAUCUUGUAUACUCCGUAUAUCUUUUCAUUUCUAUUUGAAUGAAAAGAUGUUAUUCUUGAUAAACACUUGCAUAUAUAGUGUAUGAUUGAGAAGAAGAUUCCUACUUGGUAUAAAACACACUUAUUAAUACCUGAUUUGCCGCAUUUUCCAUGUAAUUUCUGACACAAUAGAUUACAUCUCAUAUACUUCGAUUCUUCCUUAGUUUGGAUACUGAUGAAAGUUAUUUUCUCCUGCAUUGAUGUUAAUUUUUUUUAGGUACUCAACGAUGUCAAAAUAUUUCAAGUUUUGCGUUCGGAAAUCUGUUUGGAGCGACAUCACCGUGACUACAGAAUUGCAGGAUGCAGUGAAUUAUUGACAUUUCGGCUUUGCCAAAGCCAUUCAAAGGUCCUUGAGAAAUCUUCAGAUCAACAUCAUUAUCAAAGAAAACAUUAGCAAGAAGAACAUGGUUGGAACCUGAGAUGAGCCUGCCUAAGCCUCCUGAAAUGGCCGCGUCAGGUUCUUUUAGGAGCUGUAAAUAGUCUACAGAACAAAAUUGAAGAAACUCUGCAGGAAUUUUAAGGAAAUAUCUUAACCAGUCUGAUUAUAAUAAUCACAUUAGUGUACAGUCUAGAUUGUUGUAAGUCCUUGUCUAACAGAUUGUGCAGCAUAAACUCAAGAACAGAAAAUAUAACAUACAGUAUCAAAGAACAGCAAUAAGGCACUUUGUACUCAGAUUUCAGAAUUUCGCCAUCUAUAGACCGGUUUCGUGGCAAUUAAGUCUUGCUUAUAUCAAUGUAAAUGUUAUUUGUAAAUACUCCCUCUAUCCCUAAAAGAUUGUCCCAUUAAAGGUAUGGGAAAAACAUUAAAGGACACCCUGAAAAGGAAUACGGGGCAAUCUUUUAAAGGAGGGAGUUCGUGACAAUGUGAAGCAAUCUAAUUUUUCUGCAAGAUUUCUUCUUCAGAGUUCAGAAUACAGGAACAGUAUUUGAUAAUUGAUAUUGGGCAGCUUUUCUGGGCCAGCAAGGAAUUUCAGGCUUUCAACAGGCAACAGCUUAAGUGAUAAUGUUGUGGGCUGUGAGCAGACUGUUUGGGCCUGGAACAAGCAACGGAUGUGUGAUUUUAUAUGGGCCUAUGGAUCAGAUAUUGCAAGGUUGUUUAAUGGAUAGGGGCUCAUGGGGCUUGUACUGUGUAACCUGUUUUAUUACGAUUUUGUGAAGGAACCUGUUUUGUUAUUUCUAGUUUCCAUACAAAUAUUACUCCAUAUUCUGUAUGAAUGGGCCGUAAAAGCAAUACUCCUUACGUUCUUGAAUGUCAGUUCUCACUCUGUAUUGGUGUUUUUCUUAAGUCUUUUUUAAAAAUUUUCCUUAUU